UUAAAAAACAUCCGUCGAGCCCUAAAACCUUAACUAUUUCUCCUUAAAAAGUAUCCGUCGAGCCAUUUUAGGGAUUUUUUCGCCCGCCUGCGUUGGCUCUCAUUUCGAAACCUUCCGCUCACAUUUUCUCCACUGCGAACCACCAGGUCAAGAUCCAGCAGCUGGAUUCAUGGUGCGAGGAGGUGAACUUAUCAAUAACAGGGGCAAAGAUUACAAGUCAAGGCUUGAGAGGCUUGAAGAAGCAUUUCUUUACAUCAAGGCAUCACUCAAGGAUUCAACCGCUACAUGGGGAUAGCUCUACGAACAAAAUGGAGGAGUUCAAGUCAAAGACAAGUAAGAUAAGAUGCAAGGGGUCGAGAUUCACAAGCAUGAAGGAUGAGAUGUACAGUAUAAAAUAUCAUCUAUCUCCAAGGACAACAGGGAGAGAAGUUCACAAUGAUGCAAUGGAAGACUCACUACAUCCAGAUAGAGCAAUGAAGAAGAGAAAAUUUUGCAAUUAUCUUCAAUUUCCUUUGAAAAUCCAAGAUUCAAUGCUAGUACACCAUAAGGACCAAGGUCAAGAACAGUCAUGAUGAAGCAUUCCUACAUCAAUAUAAGGACCAAGGUCAAGAACAGUCAUGAUGAAGGAUUCCAACAUUGAAAGGAUAUAGCAAGCAGGAGGUGAGUGGACCCAGUAAAAUGGCGAAGGCAAAGGGUGGUUCUAUUUUUAUCAGACUGGUCUCGGCUGCAGGCACUGGAUUCUUUUAUGUCAAGCGGAAGAAUCCUCGAAAGCUUCCUGGAAAGUUAGAGUUCCGCAAAUAUGAUCCUAGGGUGAAUCGCCAUGUUUUAUUCACCGAGGCUAAGAUGAAAUGAGAUUUCAUUUGUAAAUUUAUGUUUUCUAUUUAUUAUAUAAGACUGCAUGUUGUAAAUUAUGUUGGAUUCUAAGCUGAGUUGAAAGGGGUACCAAAACAAUAUAUGACAUGCAAGGUUUUACUGGAUCUUAAUCAGCAAUGUGGUCGAUGGGAAAUAGUUACUAUAUUAGUUGUUGUGCAACAUUUGCAAAUUAUACGUAGAUUUUAUAAGCCUUUUUGGGAGGGUUUUUCUGCUGGCA